UCUGCGCCGCUGCUGCUCUGCCAUCUGCGUUCCCGGUCCGCGGUGACCACCGGGGUCCAGGGAACGAGCAAAGGCGGUAGCUUUCCUUGCGCGGCGCGGGCGCGGCGCCAUUGCCGGGGAAGCGCGCGGCCGGCCGGCCAUGCUGCCGCGGUUCAACGGCACGAUGUGGAUGCAGGACGACGGCGAGCAAGAGCAGGCGCCGCCGCAGGGGAUGGAGCUGAUGCCGGCGCCGGGGCAGGAGGGUGGGGGGCACCACAACCACCACCACGACCAGCACCUCCUGGCUCUGGCCGCCGCCGCCUCCGCCGCCAGGGGAGGGGUUGGGUUCCGCGCGCCGCCCGCGCCGCCGCUGCUCGAUGAGGACUGGUACUUCGACGCGUCGGGCGCCGGCGGUGACGCCGUGCAGGGGUCGAUGCUGCUGGGUUUGUCGUCUGUCUCGGGUGGGCUGGCGUCUGGGUCGGGCGGACAUGGGCAGCAGUUCUCGCUGCUCAACAUGGGCGCCGCGGCCCCGCCGUUCGACGUCUCCGGGUUCGACCUCGGCGGCGGCGGGGGCGGCGGUGACAUGGUGCCGUUUCUUGGCGCCGGGAACGCGUCGAACACCGCUCUGCUCCCGGUCGGGAACGCCGGGUUCCUCGGCUCGUUCGGUGGCUUCGGCACCGCGCCGUCCCAAAUGCCGGAGUUCGGUGGGCUCGCCGGGUUUGACAUGUUCGACGCGGGCGCCGUGACCGGAGGCAGCUCCUCGUCGACAGCGCCGCCGUCCGCCUCGGCGCCCGUGAACACCGCGCCGUUCUCCGGGCGCGGCAAGGCGGCGGUGCUGCGGCCUCUGGAGAUCAUCCCGCCCGUGGGCGCGCAGCCGACGCUGUUCCAGAAGCGCGCUCUCCGCCGCAACGCCAGCGAGGAGGACGACGACAAGAAGCGGAAGGCCGCGGCGGCCGCCCUGUCCGCCGACGGCGACAUGGUGCUCGACGACGCCGACGACGACGGCCUGAGCAUCGACGCGUCCGGCCUCAACUACGACUCGGAGGACGCCAGGGGCGGCGAGGACAGCUGCAAGAAGGACGGGAAGGAGUCCAACGCGAACAGCACGGUGACCGGCGACGGCAAGGGGAAGAAGAAGGGGAUGCCGGCCAAGAACCUCAUGGCGGAGCGCCGUCGCCGGAAGAAACUCAACGACCGGCUCUACAUGCUACGGUCCGUGGUGCCCAAGAUCAGCAAGAUGGACAGGGCUUCAAUUCUCGGAGAUGCAAUUGAGUACCUGAAGGAGCUGCUGCAGAAGAUCAACGAUCUUCAGAAUGAGCUCGAGUCGUCGCCCGCGACAUCCUCGCUGCCUCCAACACCCACAAGCUUCCAUCCCCUGACGCCGACGCUGCCCACAUUGCCAUCCCGCAUCAAGGAGGAGAUUUGCCCAGGUGCAUUGCCAAGCCCCACUGGACAGCAACCAAGGGUUGAGGUUAGGCUGAGGGAAGGCCGGGCCGUCAACAUCCACAUGUUCUGUGCUCGGAGGCCCGGUCUACUGCUUUCUGCCAUGAGGGCGGUUGAAGGCCUUGGUCUUGAUGUCCAGCAAGCUGUAAUCAGUUGCUUCAAUGGAUUUACCUUAGAUAUCUUUAAGGCUGAGCAGCAAUGCAAGGAUGGCCCUGGGCUGCUGCCUGAAGAAAUCAAGGCCGUUCUGUUGCAGUCUGCUGGGUUUCAUACCAUGAUCUAGCACAGGAGAGAGUUCAAUCAACUCCAAAAGGAUAGGAGAUCUCAAUCAACUCCAUGAUACAGUGUAGCUCAGGAAUUGACAAGUACCGGUGUUUCCGGGGGGUCGUGUGGCGUUUUGGACUGGAGAAAGUUCCUCUUUUUAAUAGUUUUUAGACCUGCUCAGGGCUUGCUGAACCAGUUUAUCUUCCAGUCUUUAGUGUCCAAAAAAAAAUAAUGUCAGUAGUCUCUCGGUGGUUAACAUUGUGUUGAAAGCUGAAACCUUUGUGCCUGUUUUUUUUUACUGUCUCGUGUGAAUUUCUAUCGAAUUAACAGGUGGACAGGAUGAACCAAGAACGGCUUGAAU